CUCACCUUCGCUUCGCAGCCUCCCCUAAUCGAAAAGAAAAACCCUCCUAAACUCCCAAACUCGAUUCUCGUUUUUGCAGACCAAAAAUGGUGAGCAAAAGACAGAAAGAAGCCCGCAAGAGAUUCAAAGUGGCCAACCCAGAACUGUUCCCGAAGCCGGAGCCGACGCCGCCGAAAGACCCAAACAAGAAGAAAAAGAAGAGCAAGUUCAAGCGCGACGAGAAGAAGGCCGACCCAAAAUCUCGCGGCGAUGCGACCAAAAAACUGAUAAAAAAGGGUCUCAGAAAGCACCCUCUUAGAGUUCCAGGCAUGAAGCCCGGCGAAAGCUGUUUCAUCUGUAAAGCCAAGGACCAUAUUGCCAAACUUUGCCCUGAAAAGGCUCAGUGGGAAAAGAACAAGAUAUGUUUGCUCUGCCGAAGCCGUGGGCAUAGCCUGAAGAAUUGUCCCAACAAGAACGAUAAGACUGUGGAUAAGAAGUUGUGUUACAAUUGCGGACAAAGUGGGCACUCGCUUGAUAAAUGUCCCCAACCUCUUCAAGAAGGAGGAACUAAGUUUGCCACUUGCUUCAUUUGUAAGGAGUCUGGACACUUGAGCAAAAACUGUCCUCAAAAUACUCAUGGCAUCUAUCCCAAGGGUGGUUGUUGUAAAAUUUGUGGCGGGGUUACACAUUUGGCAAAAGAUUGUCCUAACAAAGGCAACAGAGAAUCUGCAGCUUCUGAUAAAGCUUCUCGCACAUUUAGCAUAAGUGAUGACAGGCCAAGAGGACAGGUGACCAAAUUCUUUAGUGGGGAUGAUCUUGAGGAUGAUUUCAUGGCAGACGACACAUAUGGUGGUAAAAAAGACAAGUCCACUGAGCCAAAGGCGGGCUCUGGUUCUAACUCACAGGAAAGUAAUUUAAAAUCAGAGAAGAAACAAGGGCCCAAAGUAGUCAAUUUUGUUGGAUAAGGACGGACGAUUUUCUUGAGAUUAAAUCCAUGUAAUCCUUUUUGACUCGUUUGUGUUUAUCAUUUCUCCUACUUUACAAUUUAUUGGACAUGAGUUUAUACUAAUUGUAAUUUAAAUUC